GGGCAUGGUAAUGGGGCUUUGGGCAGAAAGGGACAAAUCGGAGUCUACUCCUGCUCUAGAAUAAUCUAGAAUAAAAUCCCUGUGGCUUGAAACAGUGCUGUGAACACACGGAAAGCUGGGGGAAAAAAGGUAUUAUUUUUGGCUGAAAGUCUUUAUGGCUGAUGCAGGAACUCUCUCAUUAGUUACUCAUUGCCUCAGAAAGUCUCAUAAAACAGCCAGCAGAGCCCAGCAAAUACUUCAGUCUUGUGGGAGCUCAGAAAUCCAGGAACUGAACGAGGCCUUGAACCCAUUUUAUAGACUCACUUCUUACUGAACGAUCAUAAAAUAUUAAAAUUCAGACCUUAUAAAUAAGGAGGGGAAAGAACUGUGCAUUUCCCAGCAGAAGCAGCCUCUCCAGAGACUCUUCCCAAGAGCCAGCUCUGCUCCGAGAUGGUGCAAAGACACAGCCUGACCAUCCCCCAUGGAGUGCCUGUCCUGGCUGUUUCCUUCCUGGCAUGUGUGGCCACAGGUGUGGAGCUGUCUGUAAAUAACCAGGCUGCUGACUUCACCCUGUCCACAGGGCUCAGCCCUGCCAUCUCCCUCUCCUGCCUCGUGCACAACAGCAGCCAGGCCGAGGAGCUGCUCUGGUACCGCGGGGAUGGGCAAGUGGAUCUGAAGGAUGGGAAUAAAGUGAACAUCAGCAACAUCUGCAUCUCCCCAGUCAACGAGUCUGACAACGGGGUCACCUUCACGUGCAGGCUGGCACGGGACAGGGCUGUGCAGGUGUCUGUGACCCUGGAUGUGCAGUUCCCUCCCCAUCUGAGUGGAGAGGAGACCCUGCACGUGGAAGAAGAGAAAGAUGUUACCCUGACCUGCAACUCCAAAUCCAACCCUCAAGGCCAAAGCACCUGGUUAAAGGACAGCCAGAGCCUGACCCUGCAGCAAAGUCGGCACAAGCUGUACCAGACCAGCGAGGUCUUUCAGCUCUCCAUCAGCAAAGUGCAGAAAUCUGACAAUGGCACCUACACCUGCCUGGUGGAAUCACGCCUGGGAAAUGGGACAAGGGAUUUCCACCUCAUCGUUGAAGAUAAAAAACCUGUUUUUCCCAAGGAGGCUGUUAUUGCUGCUGUCGUGGUGGUUACAAUCACAAUACUUUUUGGAAUUGUGGCUCGAAUAGAUAAAUUUCUUAAGUGCUUCAAGAAACCAAAAGAAACAUCUCUGAGGUGAUUUUUCAUUUCUUCUGUUCAUUUUGCUGCAGGUAAAGAACACCCAGAAAACAUCAUUUCUAGUGGUCAACCAAAGCCAUUGUGUGAGAUGAUGAGAUAAAGCACUGAAACU